AUGGCCAAGAAAGGUGGAAGUAAGAUCGAGGCCAUGCAGGAGGCCAAUGAGAAGCUACUGCACAAGCUUUGUGGUCAGGGCGACUUCCUUUGGAGCCGCCUGCGGUGCAUGAUCGUCCUCGAAGCUUUUGAAUGUGUGGCCAGCUGCGAAGGUUGCCUGCAGCUUGUUGCUGCUGGCCGUGAGAAGAAGGUGAAGACCUUUGCCGAUGUCUUAGCCAUCGAGCACAGCUUCCACGCAGAUCUGCAGGAGAACUGGAAGACCAACAUUGGCAUCCUAGUGCACAUCUUUGCCAACCUUCAGCAUGUGCUGAAGAAAGAGUGGUACUUCGAGGCUGCCGAUGUGUUGUGGAACGCAUUGAUCGAGGCAAAGGAGCUUCCUGAAGGUUUGGAACAGCUCCAGGGUGAUGAACUCAAGGAGGAGAAAUGCAUUCGUCUUUGUGCGGAGGCAAGGGUAAUGGUUCAGAGUAGGAUGAAAGGACUGGGAGGACUGACGAUGGAACAGAUACAACCUAAGCCACAACAAUGGUACACCGACCCUUCAACUAUCCAAACAUAUGGUUUUCCUACCAAACAUAGAGAUCAAAUGGGUUCUAGGUAUAUAAUAUAUAAACAUAUAUAUUCUGUAUAUACACUUAUAACAUAG